CUGUAAUCUUCACUUUCACAUCUAUCGAAACAAACACAAGAAUGUGACUCCAAUCUCCUUCUCUGUUAUCUCCGUACCGUAAUCGUCUGUUCUUCCACGUUCCUUCUUCACAUUUUUCCACUUUCUUUAAGCUUCUAGUCCUCUUUCAGGGUCAUGCUUCUUUUGCUUUCUCGUUGCAGUAAUGGAUCCUAAGAAACUUGCAUUGCCUGACCAGGUUCUUUCACCCAGAAGAAAGGUCGUUUCGGGCCUUGUUUUAUGGGUUGGUGCUUCUCUUUUUACACUUUCUCUGCUUUUGCUUAGUAGUUCCUUCAAGGGUCGUGUUUUCGCACCUUUACUUCAGGGGUUCGAUACUGUUAGUGACAAUUCUUCUUUUGUUCCAUGGCGUUUCUCGUUUCCAACUUCUCAUUCCCCUUCUUCUGUUACUAGUAAUGAUAGUGAUGCUAAGGAAAUGCAUAGUUCUGAAGAUCUGAUUGCAAAUGCCCCUGAAGCAGAUGCAUUACAGGUCCAGGUACUGUUGAAGAAUUUCCAUUUGGUAAAUUCCACUGAAAAUGUUAAAAAUGGAAGCAUGACGGUUGGAGAAGGCACAGUUAUAGAGAAAACCCAGGAAGCAAAAGUAGGAAAUUUCUUAGAAUCUAGUGGGAAUGGAAGUGUUUUGGAGAGUACCCAUUUGGGUAGCGCUUCUGAUAUGGUAGAGAACGGAAGCUUGCCUUGUGCAGAAGGAAUUUCAAUCAGGAACUUUAGCCUCACUGGAGAUGGAUGUAUAGAUGCUAACAGGAGCACGGAAGGGAAGUCUGUACUGAAUUCCAGUACUGUAAACAAUACAGUUACAAAUUACAGAGUUAAUGGCAGUUUGUUAUACAAAGAAGAAGUUGAUACAUCCCUUGGUGGAGAAGAAGAAAAUCGAAAUGCAAGUUUCGAGACUUGCAACAUAUUCGAUGGCCAGUGGGUAAGGGAUGAUUCGAAACCUUACUAUCCAGCGGGCUCUUGUCCUCAUAUUGAUAGAGAUUUUAAUUGCCAUCUUAAUGGGAGGCCUGAUGAUGGAUUUGUUAAAUGGAAAUGGCAGCCAAAUGGAUGUAAAAUCCCAAGUUUGAAUGCAACCGAUUUUCUGGAGAGGUUAAGAGGACAGAAGUUGGUUUUUGUUGGGGAUUCACUGAACCGGAACAUGUGGGAGUCUCUAGUAUGCAUCCUUCGCCAUAGCAUCAGAAACAAGAACAGAGUAUAUGAGAUCUCUGGAAGGAGUGAAUUCAAAAAGAAAGGCUUCUAUGCUUUUAGAUUUGAGGACUAUAACUGUACUGUGGAUUUUGUUGGUUCUCCAUUUCUUGUUAGGGAAUCGUCCUUCAGUAGUAAAAAUGGAACAUUUGAGACUUUGAGGUUGGACUUGAUGGACCAUACAACUAAAAUGUACCAAGAUGCUGAUAUUAUAGUUUUCAAUACGGGCCAUUGGUGGACCCAUGAGAAAACUUCUAGAGGAGAAGACUAUUAUCAAGAAGGUAACCAUGUACACCCUAGGCUCAAAGUCUUGGAAGCAUAUAAGAGAGCACUUCUGAGUUGGGCCAGAUGGGUUGACAAGAACAUAGACAGCAACCGAACACUGGUUUUUUUCAGAGGAUACUCGGUUACCCAUUUCAGGGGUGGACAAUGGAACUCAGGAGGUCAGUGUCACAAAGAAACAGAACCCAUCUUUAAUGCAGCUUACUUACCAAAGUAUCCUUCCAAAAUGAGAGCUUUCGAGCAUGUGCUUCUAGGUAUGAAAACUCCAGUUACAUAUUUAAACAUAAGCAGGUUGACUGGUUACAGAAAAGAUGGGCACCCUUCCAUUUACAGAAUGCAAUACAAGACAGCAGAAGAACAAAUUGCCGCUGAGCGAUCUCAAGAUUGUAGCCAUUGGUGCUUGCCUGGAGUGCCAGAUACUUGGAAUGAAUUAUUAUAUGUUUCCCUCCUGAAGGCGGGGAGGGGAUCUUGGAAAAUGUGAAUCAAGUUGUGUAGAAACCGUGUGUCUUAUAAUAAUUUGUUAUUCUUUAGAGGCUUUUCUGCCUACUUCAACUAUGAAGUUUUAUAGGUUAGGCUUAGAAAAGUAUGUUGACGCACUGUGAAGUUCGAGUAGUUGUAAAAGCUUCGUGCUUCUAUUUCUUUUUCCUCCCCAAUUUUUUCAUUUAGAUGCAUUUAAGCAGAGAGAAUUGUGUCAAUGAAGCUGAGAGAUUUGUAUUGGACAAAGCGGCUGAUGUAGAUUUAUAAGUCACCAUGUAUAUUUACUUGUCAAUCAAUAAAAGUCUUCUUCAAUUGGGAGAUUAUAAUCCUGUUUUUGUCUGUAAUUACCAUAAAUAAGUGCAGAAUGCAUCUCUUUCAUUUAUUUUUUAUGGGAAAUUGAAAAUUUUGUUGUGAUUGUGUAUCUUUUGCUAUUUUGAAUGCAAUGGUGGGCUAGCUGAAAGCAGAGUUGGCUGGAGCUUAAUUACUUUGCUGUAACUUGGCAUCCUUCGUCUAAACUUACUACACUAGACAUUUUACUGUACUAGACAUUUGACGUAUUGGAAUUUGACAAGUGGGGCUGCAGAAAAUUUUAGUAAUUUUCCUUUUAUCGGCAAAUUAUAUUAAGUAUAUAAAGACUCUCACUCGCAUAAUGUUAGUUUUGCUUAAAUCAUAGAACCCAAUUCUUAUCACUUGCAUCGGGAACGCCAAUAAUUUCCGUUGUUUUAGCGCAAGCAGCCUCAGAAGGAAGUGACAUAAGGUGAAAUAGUGACUCAAGGAAAACUAAGGCCACCAGGCCAACACCUGUAUCCUUAGAAAUUGUGUUUUUUCUUUUUUUUUUUUUCAAAUCACACUGAAAAAUGAAUUUGUCUUAAUCUUGAGUCAGAUUGUUCAGGCAAAUAAUAGUCGGUGAUUUUUCAUAAUUCCUGCAAGUUAAAUGCUCUCUCUUCAUAGAAGCAACUGAUAUAAAGUGGUAAUUGAAAGGAACUCUGCCCCCAUAACUGGUUACAGCAAAAUAGAAACUAAAAAGGAGAAAGAGAUAAUCAAAUGAAAAAAGUGAUUCAGUUUACAACAGCAAAUAAACAACACUCAACCACAGACGUUUGGCUGAGAUUCAGUUGAAAACAAAGUUUUAUUCUCAUACAAGAAACUGCAUUUAAAACUAGACAAAAAGAGUAAAAA